GUGUUGUACCAACAUAAUACAUCGAUAAUACAUUUCCUUUCCAAUAUUCGCUAUUGUAGCAAGCAAUCCACAAUAUACAGAAGACACGUUUCACCAAUGUAGAUUUAGUAAGCUGGGUACGAAGUAGAGCUAAACAGAAGGCUGCAAAUGAUGAUAUUCCUUUCCAUACGUAUGUUUAAAUCCGUGUAAUAAGCAUGGGGGAACAUGUGAACUGUAGACAGAAGAUCAAAAGAUAGAUUGUGAACUUUCUGGAAUUUCUUACGAGAUGCCGAACAUGGAGGUGGAAGCAGAUGCCGGAUGGUUGGAUGGUGUGGUAAAUGAAGCCAUUAUGGAUGAUAAAAUUCUUGUGGACAAAUGCUGCAGUAUUGCCAAUGGUAUCCAGAGUCAGAGUGGAGGUCUUUUGAAACUGGUUGAAAAAUUGGGAAUUACACUAACAGACAAAAACCCAGAGUUGAGAGAGAAGGGAACACGGAUUCUAGCAGAGGUUUUGCAGAAUCUGCCAAGAGACUGCCUGCAAAAAUCAGAAGUACAUUUUAUCACAACUUUCUUCUGUGAUCGGCUUAAGGAUCAUAAUGCAGUUAUUCCAGCAGCAUUGCAAGGAAUUCAUGCUGUUAUACAAAUGAAUAACCUUCCAGAAGAUUCUCCAGCACAUAUAGUUACUGGACUGUUUCAGCAUGUUCAUUGUCAGUCUCAGAAGCAAGCAGAUCGCCAUGUUAUCUACAAAAUACUUGAAGCAUUUAUUCAGAAUUACAAAGAAGAAUGGAAGCUGCUUGGUCCUGACUUUGUGUUUGGUGUCAUAUCAAUGGUUGAUGGUGAGCGAGAUCCUCGCAACUUGUUGCAGCUGUUUGGCAUGUUUCCACACUUCAUUAGAACGUUCCCUCUUGGCCAUCUAACAGAGGAGAUGUUUGAAGUUAUGGCAUGUUACUUUCCCGUUGAUUUCUAUUCAAUUUCCAGCACUCCUAAUGCAAUUACUCGUGAUGACCUUGCAGCUGCUCUUUUGCAAUGCCUCAUAGCCUCACCUGCUUUUGCAGAGUUCUGCAUUCCUUUGUUAUUAGAGAAGUUAGAUUCUCAACUCCGCAUCGCAAAGCUUGAUUCUCUUCGAUUACUGCAAGAAUGUUGUAAGACCUUCACAGUAGGAGGGAUGGAGAAGCAUCUGUAUGAUUUGUUCCAGUCUCUUCAUCGAGAAAUCGUUCCUGGAACAGACAAGGAAUUGUGUGAGGAAGCUCUUGUGGCAUUGAAGGAACUGAUACAUAUGCUGUCCAUAGUACCUGUUGACAAAGACCAAGUAAAUCUGUUACAUAAGGUUUUAGAAAAUAUCAUCAGUGUCACCUGUCGGGAACUGCGAGAUGUGCAGUUGAGUUUAUUUCUUCCAACUGUUCGGAUGCUGCUUACAAUUACCCAAGCCUCAUCUGUAGCUUGUAAUCAAGUUGUCACAGUGGUGGUACCGUUGCUGCUGAACCAGUAUCAUAAAGUAUCCAGUCUGGAGGGGAAGACCAUUGUGCUGCAGACUCUUACUAUGUUUCUUGCAGUUUGUGAGGAGCAACAUGUCACACCCACCACUGUUCCUAUCCUGGCCCCAAUAUGGGUGGACAUUCAGAGCUUAUAUAUGAAUGCAGCACAACAUGUCAAAUGUGAGAUUCGGGUAGAAGGUAUUCAUGGUUUCUUAAUCUCCGCUAGAUCUUUAUGUCAUGAGACAAGACAAGAAGUGUAUGAACUUCUGUGUACAUAUGUGAAGCAAGAAGAUUCUGCUCAGGUCAGACAGGAAGUUACUGCUUGUUUAAAAGUGUUGGCCAAAUUGUAUCCUGAUGAGGUUAUGGAGGCAGUUGUAUUGUCCAGAUUGCAGUGGAACACAGAUCCGGGUUCAGAAGAUGAACAUAAUGCCCUGGUUGUGGCUCGAUGUUUGGAUGCCUUAUGUGCAGUUGCUGUUGCAGAACCUUUCACAGAGUACUUAGUUCCUAGAAUUCUCAGUUUUAUCACUGGAAAAUAUCAGGCAGAUGAAUGUAGUGCAGGAAUUAGAAGCCUUAGGACAUUAGUUGAAGCACCUGAAUCAGGCUCCAAGGUGCACACAUAUUUGUGUGUGCAGUGUGGAGCUGUAUCUGGACUUGUCACAUGGUGGCUGCAUGGUAUCCAGGAGAACAGAUAUCCCCAGAUAUUCUGUAAUGAAGACCUCUUGGUUGACUGUGCCACAAUUGUCAGCACAAUUUUAAGGACCCAGUCGGAAAGUUUUCAAUCAGAUAUUGUAACUGAGUUUAUUCCAUAUUUUUUGGACUCUGGAUUGAAUCCAGAAGAAAAUAAUUUCAAACCGCUCAUGGCAUCAUCAUCGUGGCAUGUGACUCAGUCAGUGGUGUUACUGGAAGCAUUGCUAAGUCCUGUUAGGCAGGAUGUAAAUAUUCCACCACUGUCAUGCUUAGUUAUGCAGCUUCAGACACUUGCCAUUCACACAUCACAUCCUCUUACAUCAAGAAGUGCAGCUCGGUUUGUGGCUUCUCUUGUAAAUAAAGCUCAUGAUGAUGAACCUUUGGCUGUGUUGUUGUCUAAUCUGUUGGUAACCCUGUUGGAUACAUUAGAUCAGGAUGAUAUUCCUGUGAUGAAGGCUACCAAUGCUGUCAACUUGUUUGCAUGGCUUACAAAAGCUCUUGUUAUGAGAGGCCACAGACAAACAGAUAUAUGGGUAGGCAAGUUAAUUGCUAUGCUGAGCCAUGAUGCUGUUGGUACUUGUGUGGCAGAAGGCUUCAAAUUGAUUAUGAUUCAGAAUGAGGAGUAUAUGAACUCUGACAACUACGGCAAUAUCAGGAUUUUAUAUCGCCAAAGAUUUUUCCAGACAUUUCCAGAACUUGUAGAACAUUAUCAUCAUGCAGCCCAACCUGUGAGGUGUAACUUUUUAAUUGCCUUGGCCUACAUGCUUCAAGGAGUUCCAAGAGUUGUACUAACCAUGAGCUUGCCAGAAUUGAUCCCACUUCUAGUAGAAUCACUAGAACAGAGCAAGGUGGUUCUGUUACUUUCUAUUCUGGAAAUUUUGCGUGAUCUUCUGGAAUCCAAGCACUCAGUAUUAGAAGGCCAUAUUCAGACAUUUCUUCCAAGGUUCUUAAAGCUAACACGAUUCCAAGAUUCCUUGAAAGUUCGUAUUGCUGCAUUACAGUGUGCGCUGCAAAUGUGCAACUAUCCAACUCACUUACUUUUGCCAUAUAAACAGCAAACUGUUCAUGAAUUGGGGUCUUGUUUGGAUGACCCCAAGCGUCUAGUACGACAGCAAGCAGUAUCUACUCGUUCCCGCUGGUAUUUGAUUGGUGCCUCAGGAGAACCAACAAAAACUUGAUCUAGAAGUAUAUUCAUAAUUCCUUGUUUGUGAAAUCCUAUCUUGCAGUGAAACUGACAAACAUUCAACUUGUUACUUAUACAGUGUAGAGACUAAAACUUGGUAACAAACACUGGUAGGUAUCUUUGCUUACCAGCCUAGGAAUACUGGAAAUGCAUAGCACUUUUAGCAUGCUGGAGUUUGAAAUCAGCCAUACCUUGUGGGUAACUGUAAUAUCCGUAUACCUACACCACAGAGAGAGAUCAUAUACUCAUUAAAUCUCUUUGUGAGUGAAAUAUUUUGUGUCAUCACUGGAUGUCAUUAUUGCCAUGUUUGGACAUCACAUCUGAUUUGUGUUAAAAUAUAUCUUAUUUUUCCAAAAAAGGAAAUAGUGAUUUCUGACAGCUGCUUUCAGGGUGGCUAAUCAUCUUGCAGACAUGUGUCUGAAGGAGAAAAUAGUAACUUCUCUAUGUGAAAGUGAUGAUGAAUUCAGCUCAUCUUAGAGGUUUUGGGCAAGUGCACACCAAUGAAACUGGAAAUCACAACUUCUAAGAAAUUUCAUUUCAUUUAAUUUAUUCACCUUCCAUAAAUCCUGUCGAGAAUACAUUCUCAUGCAGCCAUUCUGAGCUGAAAACCAGUUGCCCAAUUGGCAUCUACACACUGAGGAAACUUACGUUUAGAAGUUGCUCAAGUCAUAAGUGGGUGUGCAUGUCAAACUUAAUGUGAUCCAGUUUUUUUAGUUUUAUGCAUUUAAUUUCUGCAGUGUCAAAUAAUAUUGACCCUGAUGUAACAUGGUGGUGGUUGAGGCAGAAUAAUAAGAGAGGAAAUAGCAAAGGAAAUACUGGUUUCAUUCAUUCUGCGACAAUAAUUUAACCUUUAUUGUCUGCAGUAAAGAGUUUAACUGGUGAGGCUGGUGGGCAGGUCUUAACUUGAGGGGUUUUAAAUUGUAAGGGUGUUAGUAUUGAAGAAAUAUAUACAGUAUCCCAGAGAUAAGUACACAUAAUUGAAGCUUGUGUACUAUGGCUCAAAACAUUGAAAACAGUUUAAUGAAUGUGGAUCUGCAAGUGCUUCAGUAAGAAACUGGAGACAUUCUAAGGUGUUCCUGACAGCAGUAGGAUUAGAGCUGUGGUUACAGAAGUAAUGCAUGCUAGAGACUCUUUUAAAGGAAACUGAAAUUGAGAGUGGACAAUAUAAAUGACUACUGCCUUGCCCAGUCAACAAAACAUAUCUGUCCUGUUUACAGUGAUUAGUGAGUUCAGCAUGUAUACUAGAAUAUAUCAGGCAUUCAUUUCCAGUGAACUGUGUGUACAGUCAAGUGCUAUUCUUUCAAUAAUGUACAAGUAGCUGCUUUGCAAAUCUCUGCUUAAAAUGGACAGCUACACAUUUCUUGAAUAUGUCAAUAUGCAUAUAAUUUUUGACAGUGCCCAUGGUAAUGGUACGGCAGCUGUAAAGUUGUGCACAGAGAGGUACUCUCAAUACAGACUUCCAAACCCAUGUUUCA